AUGGGGAGGAAUGGGGAGGAGUGGGUGAGGAGUGGGGAGGAGUGGGUGAGGAAUGGGGAGGAGUGGGUGAGGAGUGGGGAGGAGUGGGUGAGGAGUGGGGAGGGUGAGGAGUGGGGAGGAGUGGGUGAGGAGUGGGUGAGGAGUGGGGAGGAGUGGGCAGGAUGGUGGGUGUUGCGACGCGCCUCACUGCCAUGGGGAGGAUUGGGGAGGAGUGGGGAGAAAUGGGAGGAACAGGAGAGCAUUUUCAGAGAAGCAAGUCGUUCAUGCUCUCGUCCGAGGCUGGAUGGUGGGAGUUGCGACGCGCCUCACUGCCAUAGGGAGGUACGUGGAGGAAUGGGGAGGAAUGGGGAGGAGUGGGUGAGGAGUGGGGAGGAGUGGGUGAGGAAUGGGGAGGAGUGGGUGAGGAGUGGGGAGGAGUGGGUGAGGAGUGGGGAGGAGUGGGUGAGGAGUGGGGAGGGUGAGGAGUGGGGAGGAGUGGGUGAGGAGUGGGUGAGGAGUGGGGAGGAGUGGGUGAGGAGUGGGGAGGAGUGGGGAGGAGUGGGGGGGAACAGGAGAUUUCCUCACUGCCAUAGGGAGGUACGUGGAGGAAUGGGGAGGAAUGGGGAGGAGUGGGUGAGGAGUGGGGAGGAGUGGGUGAGGAAUGGGGAGGAGUGGGUGAGGAGUGGGGAGGAGUGGGUGAGGAGUGGGGAGGAGUGGGUGAGGAGUGGGGAGGGUGAGGAGUGGGGAGGAGUGGGUGAGGAGUGGGUGAGGAGUGGGGAGGAGUGGGCAGGAUGGUGGGUGUUGCGACGCGCCUCACUGCCAUGGGGAGGAUUGGGGAGGAGUGGGGAGAAAUGGGAGGAACAGGAGAGCAUUUUCAGAGAAGCAAGUCGUUCAUGCUCUCGUCCGAGGCUGGAUGGUGGGAGUUGCGACGCGCCUCACUGCCAUAGGGAGGUACGUGGAGGAAUGGGGAGGAAUGGGGAGGAGUGGGUGAGGAGUGGGGAGGAGUGGGUGAGGAAUGGGGAGGAGUGGGUGAGGAGUGGGGAGGAGUGGGUGAGGAGUGGGGAGGAGUGGGUGAGGAGUGGGGAGGGUGAGGAGUGGGGAGGAGUGGGUGAGGAGUGGGUGAGGAGUGGGGAGGAGUGGGUGAGGAGUGGGGAGGAGUGGGGAGGAGUGGGGGGGAACAGGAGAUUUCCUCACUGCCAUAGGGAGGUACGUGGAGGAAUGGGGAGGAAUGGGGAGGAGUGGGUGAGGAGUGGGGAGGAGUGGGUGAGGAAUGGGGAGGAGUGGGUGAGGAGUGGGGAGGAGUGGGUGAGGAGUGGGGAGGAGUGGGUGAGGAGUGGGGAGGGUGAGGAGUGGGGAGGAGUGGGUGAGGAGUGGGUGAGGAGUGGGGAGGAGUGGGUGAGGAGUGGGGAGGAGUGGGGAGGAGUGGGGGGGAACAGGAGAUUUGUUGUAGAGAAUGUCGUUCAUGCUCUCAUUCGAGGCAGGAUGGUGGGUGUUGCGACGCGCCUCACUGCCAUGGGGAGGAUUGGGGAGGAGUGGGGAGAAAUGGGAGGAACAGGAGAGCAUUUUCAGAGAAGCAAGUCGUUCAUGCUCUCGUCCGAGGCUGGAGAGUGGGUGUUGCGCCGAGCCUCACUGCCAUGA